AUUGUAGAUGCCAGGCAAGCUGAACAUCAUUUCAAGAGCUUCUCUCUGCAAAUAUGGAAAAGAGGUGCUUCAUGAGACUUGAAAUACUCUUUUUUUUACAAUUUUACUCUAAAAAUGGAUGAAAGACCUUCACAGUAAUGUAAAUGCACCUCUUUAAAAGACAGAGGGAGGUGACGAUAUGGCAAACUCUGACAGUGAGGUGAAAACACUUCUGAACUUUGUAAAUUUGGCUUCGAGCGACAUCAAGGCAGCACUUGACAGAUCGGCACCCUGCAGAAGAUCUGUAGACCACCGAAAGUACCUGCAGAAACAACUGAAGCGAUUCUCACAGAAAUACUCCAAGAUUCCUCGCUGCCAUUCACACAGGACCAAUGACUCUUUGACUUUUACGAAAACACCAGAGGACAAAGCUGCUGCGUUCAAGCAUGAGGGGAUUCAGGGAAACUUACGUCAAAGAGAGUUAAACUUUGUAGAGGAACAUUUACAUUUGGAUUUGAACCCAAACACGGAGGAUAAAGAGUGGUCAGGUCAGGUGCCCAUGCGCAAACGGCAGCUUCCUGCAUCUUUCUGGAAAGAGCCACAAUCUUCACUGGGCAGCCGAGAGUGUUGGGAGCAUUUUCUUAAAAACAAUACUAAUGGAACCGGCAGAGUGCCAGCCACGAACGGCGAGAAAAGAAAAAUGAUUAGUGACGACUUGAGCCCAAACCAGUUUGGUGAUGUGGAUCCAUUGAGGAGUGUGAUGUGCACAUGCUGCCCUCUUCAGUUCCACGGGAAUCAUGCACGUCAUGGCUGCUUUAUUAUCCCUUGCCUGAAUGCGGCAGCAUUCCGGAACAAAACGACUGAGAGGAAUAUCGAAAUAUCGCACAACAUUAUUGACGGGCUUCACAAUAACAUCUCACAUGUGGUUGUCAAGCCAAUUCCCACUAAACCAGCCAUUUCCCCCUCCAUUUUCAGUGUGUUUGGGUUUAUCUAGUGUUUAUGUCAGAUAGUGGACUACUAACUCCAAAACUCUGUCAUUAUGAUUGUAUCAUGCUCACAUUAAUGGACUGUUUUUGAUGUUUUAGGUUAUUACUUGCAUGUUCCGUAAUUGAAUGGGAAGAAUUUAAUUAGCGAUCACUUUGAAGCACUUCAAAUAGAAAUGUAGCAACAGUGACGUGCAUUACGAGGAUGUGAUUUAGAUUUUCUAUGGGCUUUUGUGAAGAUAAUACUCUUUUAGACAGUGAGUUGAGUUUCUAUGAUCACUUAAACGGGCUUUCAACGGGAUAUUUUCGUGCAAGAAAGAACAAGUAGGAAUUUCAAGACACUAUAAUAUGAUGUUAUGGUUUUACUGCAGUUUUGACGAAACAUUUGCGUCAAACUCUUUUGAUCUUCCUAACAACAGAUGCAAUCACCUUCUGUCAGACUGUCUUUUGUGCAUUUAUAUAGCUUAAGUAGCCUUUUUAUUUAACAAAUUGAAAGUCACAUUCCGUGUUCCAUCAUAGUUCAAACAGAAAUCUGAAAUAUGGCAAUACCUAUAUGCUAAACACAUAUAUGAAAUAUAUUUACAUAUAUUGUUUUCACUGAUAUAAAAAAAGUCACAUACAUGUACGUUACAUACUAUAUUUCAAAAUACUACUAAAACUGUCAUUUUCAUUCAUGUAACCUUUUCCCAAAUAUAAGUGGAAUUUUUAUAAAUGUAUGCUCAAAUAUUUGAACUGUAAUUUUUGUUCAUAUAUGGCCAUAUAUUAGA